UCACCCCAACACACACACACACACACCACCCAGAUGCCAGCAUUGGCACCCCUAGGAUACACCAAAGGGUAGCUCAGGGGAGGGUGGGACGUAACACUCCUGGUACCCCUCAUCAGUCAGGGUGAGCUACCCAAGAACCAUAGUUGAGGGGGGGGGCAAGCGGUAACCCUGAGCCCCGGAAUAUCUGAUGUUCUACAGACCUUUCCCAGCUAGGUGCUUGAGUCAAGAAAGGGAUGGACUGCUUGUGCAUAGUCACUACCAAGAAAUAUCGUUACCAAGAUGAAGACAGCCCCCCGUUGGAGCACAGCCCCGCCCACCUCCCCAACCAGGUAAAGGCCCCUGAGCUGGUCCACGUGGCGGAGAAGAACCUGUCCCAGAUCGAGAGCGUCCACGGCUAUGUGUCUCACUCGCACAUCUCCCCCAUGAAGGCCAACUCCCCACCGGUAAUUGUCAACACAGAUACCUUAGAAGCACCAGCUUAUGUAAAUGGAACGGAAGGCGAAAUGGAAUACGAAGAAAUAACUCUAGAGCGGGUGGGGCAUGACUUUUUCCUCCAGGGUAACUCCGGUUUGGGAUUCAGCAUCGCCGGUGGUACUGACAACCCCCAUGUUGGGGAUGACCCAAGCAUCUUCAUCACUAAGAUCAUCCCUGGUGGGGCAGCAGCACAGGAUGGCAGGCUAAGGGUGAACGACAGCAUCCUCUUCGUCAAUGAUGUGGACGUGCGGGAGGUAACGCACAGCACGGCUGUUGAGGCCCUGAAGGAGGCCGGCUCCAUUGUGCGUCUGUAUGUCAUGCGGAGGAAGCCCCUGGCCGAGAAGGUCAUGGAGAUCAAGCUGAUCAAAGGCCCCAAAGGUCUUGGUUUCAGCAUUGCAGGUGGCGUUGGCAACCAGCACAUCCCCGGCGACAAUAGUAUCUACGUCACCAAAAUCAUAGAGGGGGGUGCAGCCCACAAGGAUGGGCGCCUGCAGAUUGGGGACAAGAUCCUGGCGGUAAACAAUGUGAGCCUUGAAGAUGUUAUGCACGAAGAUGCCGUUGCAGCCCUCAAGAACACAUAUGAUGUUGUCUACUUGAAGGUGGCCAAACCCACAAAUGUUUACCUGAAUGAUUCUUACGCCCCGCCUGACAUCACUUCCUCCUAUUCCCAGCAUCUCGACAAUGAAAUUGGUCACCAGAGCUACCUGGGCACAGACUAUCCACAAGCCAUGACCCCCACCUCCCCUCGGAGGUACUCCCCCAUCCCUAAGGAGCUGAUGGGUGAGGAGGAUAUACCCAGGGAACCGCGUCGUAUUGUCAUUCACCGUGGCUCAACAGGGCUGGGCUUCAACAUUGUUGGGGGUGAAGAUGGCGAGGGAAUCUUCAUCUCUUUCAUCCUGGCUGGGGGGCCGGCCGACCUCAGUGGGGAGCUCCGGAAAGGGGACCAGAUCCUCUCGGUCAAUGGUGUGGACCUCAGGAACGCCACACACGAACAAGCAGCCAUUGCUCUGAAAAACGCCGGCCAGACGGUCACCAUCAUUGCUCAGUACAAACCGGAUGAGUACAGCCGCUUUGAGGCCAAGAUCCACGACCUCCGGGAGCAGCUGAUGAACAGCAGUUUGGGCUCAGGGACAGCAUCGCUGCGGAGCAACCCCAAGAGGGGUUUCUACAUCCGGGCGCUCUUUGACUAUGAUAAGACCAAGGACUGCGGUUUCCUGAGCCAAGCGCUGAGCUUCCAUUUUGGCGACGUCCUGCACGUGAUUGACGCUUCCGAUGAGGAGUGGUGGCAGGCGCGGCGCGUCCAUCCGGAUGGCGACAGCGAUGAGAUUGGCUUCAUCCCCAGCAAAAGGCGGGUCGAGCGACGGGAAUGGACACGGCUAAAAGCAAAGGAUCGGGUGCCGGGCUCGGGCUCUCAAGGUCGAGAAGAUGCUGUCUUGAGCUAUGAAACCGUUGUACAAAUGGAAGUUCACUACGCUCGACCCAUCAUUAUCCUGGGCCCCACUAAGGACCGAGUCAACGAUGACCUCCUCUCUGAGUUCCCUGACAAAUUUGGCUCCUGUGUCCCACACACCACUCGGCCGAAACGGGAGUACGAAGUGGAUGGGCGGGACUACCAUUUUGUUGCCUCGCGGGAGAAGAUGGAGAAGGACAUUCAGAGCCACAAGUUCAUCGAGGCCGGCCAGUACAACAGCCACCUGUACGGGACGAGCGUCCAGUCAGUGCGCGAGGUGGCUGAGCAGGGCAAGCACUGCAUUUUGGACGUUUCGGCCAAUGCCGUGCGGAGGCUGCAGGCAGCUCAACUUCACCCCAUCGCCGUUUUUAUCCGGCCACGCUCCCUCGAGAAUGUUCUAGAAAUUAACAAGCGGAUAACGGAGGAGCAGGCGCGGAAAGCCUUCGACAGAGCUACAAAACUGGAGCAGGAAUUUACAGAGUGCUUCUCGGCCAUCGUAGAAGGAGACAGCUUCGAAGAGAUCUACCACAAGAUCAAAAGAAUCAUUGAGGAGCUCUCCGGCCCGUACAUUUGGAUCCCGGCUCGUGAGAGACUUUAGGAGCUUAAUGUGAACUGAUAUUUCCCGGAAGGGAUGGCAAAACCAACCACCACCGAAUCUGCGACAGAGCUGUCCUCUCUGGAGAGGGGGACCGACUCUUGUCUCUUGCCACUGAACUUAGCUGUUUGGUUAAUAUUUUGGGGAUGGGUGGGGAUGUCGUGGGACAGGCUUCUUUCGUUUCUUCCGUUGACUCUUUAAUAUUCUCAAUUUUUGUUUUCCUUUUUCCUUUCUUUUUUCUUUUCUUCUUGCGUGAUCCGGCUCCCCCACCCCUAAUCCUGAUUCAAAACUGCUCCCGUUUUAAUUUCUGCAGCAAAUGUGGGGCUUUCUUCCAUCCCCAACAGCGCUAGCGCAUGCAUGCUGUCAUUUGGGGGGGCAGGUGGUGGCACAGGGGAAGAAUGGGGGGGUGUUCUUAGAUUCUGGUCUGUUUCGUUUUACAAGCAGCAAGGUGGAGGGGAGGCACACGCAGACUCUGAACUCGGAGAGAGAAAGACUGAAACAAACUUAUUGUGGGAGAGAAGAGAGAGAUAUUUUUUAAGAAAAACUUUCUGCAAAAUGGAAGCCACUUUUGAUGAGUUUACUUUCCAGAACUCCCACCCCUUUUUUCCAGUGAUUCAGAAGAAAAAAAGGCAUUGUUGCUGAGGAGUUUUAAAGUUCCCUGAUUGUGCUUUGAUCAUUAGGGCAGAGAAGAGGGAUGAUGGGUAUUCGGGAGGUUUUUUAAUUUUGGAAGGAAGAGUAACACUGCACACUCGUUAAAAGAAUCAAAACAAAUUCACCAAGCUAAGUUUUCUGCUGUUUUAAAAAAUAAAAAACCCAACUAUUUUCCCCUUGGAAGGAAACAAGGGUACCUUUUUCCAUUCCUUCCUUCUUUUGUUUUGGCUGAAUAAUAUUCUACGAUUGAAACAAGCACAGACCCAGGACUGAUUAAUCCAAGAUAAUCCUCGCUUGCAAGAAUGGCCUGAUGAUGACAAUGACUUUGGGA